CUGUUCUUUCCUAGUUGUCAAAACCGAAGUCCUUCCCCAAAAGACCCCGAAACUCAUGAAAAAUCACCAUGGAUAUCAAAGAGAAGUUCAAAUCGUUCAUGGACAAGCAGAAGAUCAGCCUGAAGACGCCGUCGUCGCAAGCACAAUUAGGAGAAAGCGUAAAAUCCGAUGACUUCGAGGGAAGAAUGGCUGUGACGGGGGAUUUGUAUAGGAAAUCCAGCCUCUUGAACGAUCACAUACUGACACCCGAAGCCGAGAAGGCCGUGAUAGACAGCAUCGAGAGCCUUUAUUUCGAGAGCGGGGACGUCGACGUAGGUGAACACGAGCUCAAGAAAUUCCCCCAAGACGUGGACAUUCACGUAAUCAACGGGAUGAGGUCUAGACUGAGGAAGCAGCACGCCAUAGUGUCUCGAAGGGUGUCCGAUCUCAUUAUGCAGAAGCAAGGGCUGUGCAGCGAGGAGAUGGAGAAGGUCGUAGAGCUGCAGAAGGAGAUUUACAUGGAGAUUGGCCUGUGCGUUGAAGGCCGGAGGAAACUGGCCCAGGGGAGGAGUCAGUUCACGUCAGCUAGUCUUGGGAUUUUGGCCAACUACAGCAAGCGGCAGAAGAUUGCCAGCGUCAUCCGGUCACUUAGGACAGUCAGGACGUUACAGAUGACAGAUGUGCAGUUGCAGAAUCUGUUAAAAGCAGAAGAUUACCCUGGGGCUAUUCAGUUACUGCUUGAAUGCCAGAAAGCAGCUGCGACUUUUAAGCAUUUUACUUGUAUCUCCGAACUCAGUACCAAGUUACAGGAUACUCUUGAGGGUGCAGAGGAGCAGCUAGACGUUGCCUUAGCCAAAGUUGCCGCUAAUUUCAAUGCUGCUAAUUAUGAGAAAUUACAGAUUGCAUACGGUCUCUUGGGGAAAACACAGACGCUCAUGGACCAAUUACACAUGCACCUCACAUCUCAUAUCCAUAAUUCAGCCUUCACAAUUGUUCUUGGCUAUGUAGAGUUGUAUAAUAGUAUUAAUGGUGGAAACGGAAGUAUUUCUGGCUCAUCAUUCUCAAAGAUGCAAUAUUCGGAACUAUGCAAAUAUGUAAAUGAGGAAAGCUUCCUCCCAUGUCUCAUGGACCUAAGCAAAUCCAUGUGGAAUGUCCUAAAGAGUUACCGCAGCAUUAUUUUGUGGCACGAGGAAAAUGAAAAGACUUCCCAGGAGGAAGCGAAUAAUGAAAGUCCAGAUGCCGAGGAAGCUGCAACAUCCAGACGCUACACAAAACAAAAACUAGAGCACGGAUUGUAUAGAAUAUGGCAAGAUGUGCAGGCGAAAGUCAGGACCUUCAUCCUGGCGUCAGACCUCUGCCACUUCAAAUUUGAUGAUUUCCUGAGAAUACUGGAUGUGAUCAACAAGCUCAUUGAUGUUGGCGAGUGCUUCUGCGGCAGCAAAUCAGAAACGCUCAGAGAAUCAAUCAAGAAGCAGUCAAUUAACUAUUUCCGCACGCACCACAGAGCAAGAAUGGAGGAAUUGCACAUGUUUUUGGAGAAUGAGGGGUGGGAGGCAUGUCCGGUGAAGUCAACAUUCUCAAUAUAUCAGCUAAUGGAGUUCAGGUUCCUUAAGGGCAGGGACCUGAGCUUCACAAGAAUGUCUACUCCAAGUUCUUCACCAGUUAAAAAGUCAGGCAGCAUCACAGAGAAGAGGGAUCUCUUUGACCUCUUCAACAGCGACAGCUCGCCAUUUGACAUCGCCACAGAAGAGACAGUUGAGGAGGAUAUCAUGGCCAAUGGGGAGGCUGGGGAUUCUAUUCACAUAAGCGAUGAUGACAGUGAGGAUGAUGAGGAGUUGAUGAAGGAUUUCGUCGAUGAGCAGACGGGAGAGGCUCCCCAGCCCCACACCAGGCGGAAAUUUGACCACAGCAAGGCACCCAUAGUCACAAACACAACCCUUACAAUCCUACGGCUCAUUGGGAAGUACAUCCAGAUGAUGAGAUUGCUGCAGCCAAUAGCCUUUGACGUCAUGGUGUGCCUCAGUCAUCUCUUCGAUUAUUACCUGUACACAGUCUUCAUGUUCUUUGGGGAAAGGGGAGAACUGGAACAGAAUCUCAGCCGACGCCUUCGAACGUCUCUCAAAAGGAUCCAGGACACAUUGAUUCUCACUUCAGAGGGGUCUCAGGAGGAGCCCAUUGAUCAGGACAAGGUGCCAAGUCCUUCCAUAUCCCCUGUAGUGGACACAACCUCAGCAGAGAGCAUAUAUGGGCUGCCAGUGCGAGUCGUGGCUGUAGAGAGCCUGGCCUUCCUGGCAGUGCAGUUGGAGGCCUUGCACUGCCACAUUGAACCUCUCAUUCCACAGCAGCGGAGAACCUUCUUGCAGCAAUUCUACACUGGCACUGUCAAGAUCACCCCUGAGAUUCGCCACCAUGUUUACACGGCUGUAGCCUCUCAAGUGAUAGACUACGAUGGUAUUUUGAAUCGCAUGUCCAAUGUCAAGUGGGAUAUAAAUGACCUCAUGAGCCAGCACAGCCAGUAUGUUGAUGUUCUACUGAGACAACUUCAGGUUUUGAGCAUGAAGUUAGAGGAUGUUAGCAAAGUAUCCCCAAUACCGGCAGAGGCAUACGAUGCACUCUGGGAAUGCAUAGUUCGCAUUACCAACCGCACUCUGUUGGAGGGCUUCGCUUCAGCUCGGAGGUGCACCAAUGAGGGACGAUCACUGAUGCAACUUGACUAUCAGCAAUUCCUCAUGAAACUUGAGUGCCUAACCAAGGUGCGCCCGUUACCCGAUAAGCACCUGGUGGAAACUUUCAUCAAGGCCUACUACCUACCCGAGGGAGCACUGGAGGAAUGGGUGCAGCAGAAUGGCACCGAUUACUCUCCCCGGCAGCUGAAUGCCCUUAUGUCCACCAUGACGCACGUGAAUAAGCGCACCCGGCAGAAAAUCUCCAACCUGCUAGAGGAGCAGUGUCGGAGGUGAUGUGACAGGUGGAGGGGGACGAAGGACUGAUAGCAACAGGGUAGUGUGGCUCGUGUGUAUUUCAAGGGCUGAAGGAUAAUCUUUGUCAGAGCUUAGAAAGAUUUCUUAAACUUUAGAUUUUUUUUUUAUUUUUUUUUCAGUCUUUUCAAUUGAGAAAAAAAUAUUCUUUUAGUUUUAUAUUUUAUUCCAUCUGCUUUUCACCAUUCCAUCUUAGAUUUUCUUUAAAGAAAUUUAUUAGUAAUUGGUUCUUGAGUAUUUUUAUAAGCAUAGUUUUAUACAUCAUCGUAAUGGUGCAUUGAUUUUGAGGUAAAAAAAGUCACUAGAUAUAGACUUGGAAAAUGUGUCAAUUUGUGUUCAUUUUAUCUUUGCUACAUUUAUUAGCAAAUUACGUCUAUCAUACUUGUACAUAAAGCCUGUUUCUAUAUGAUAUUUCAGUCUUUUCAUUCAGUGAAAUUGCCCAUUAAAGAACAAAAUAUAAUUUUUAAGCAAUAGUAUCUACUUGACAUAUAUUUUUAAGGUAAUGAUCUUGAACAGACUGUUAUUGUUCAGAGAGUACUCCGGAGUAGACGUUUUUGUUAUCUCUUUUUACGUGUAUAGGAAGGUGGUUUUGGAUGAUCUAGGAACAUGUGCUUUAAGGUGUAAAAUAUUUUUGUUGUUUUAGAUUUUGAUGAGUUAAUUUUUUGCUUUUAUUUUUUUAGUUCAUGUCAGUUUUCUCCCCACUGAGUUUUGCAUUUAUCUUAGCCAUUAUUAGAGUAGAGUGAAUAUAUAAAAGUAUAUAUAAAGGAUGAUUUUUACCUUCGUGUUAAGAAAUGAUUAUUUAUCCUGUUCUCAUUCAAAUGUUGUUUUUAUUUGUUUUUUUUGUUUUUUUAAUUAUUUUUAAUUAUAUGGUAAAUGAUAUGACUUUCAUAUGCAGAUUUGCUGUGGUUGAGAGGUUCUUCAUAAAAUUUGUUGAUUAUUGGCUGAGCAUUUUUGUGUGUGAAUGUUUGUGUUGAAAAGCGUUACAAGUAUCGCAGAUAUAGUGUUAAGUCCUAAAACAUUUCUGAAUGGAUGAAGAGUAUAUGAGUCUGAGGACUUUUACCAAUAUGGUUUAUACAUAUAUAUAUAAUAAAAAAAAACGCAUAAGAUUUUGAAUGGUGUGUGGCUGAAGACCGUAAUUUAAAUGUACUUAAAUCAAGAGUUAUGAUAGUGAGUGCCGUUUCAAAGCAGCAAGGCCAAUGAUAACUAGAAAUAGAAUUGCAUGAAAAUCUGACUGACAGAAAACAAGCAUUUUAGGAUGUCUUGUGAAAUUGCUUUAAUUCCUUUUAAAAUUCCUGUAAUAUUAUGUAAGACUUUUAUCACUUCGCUUCUUUAUCAGGGCUCUUAUGUUUGUAAGCGAUGGAGGUGUUUUAAUUUCAUGUAUUUGUUGAAUUGCAUUUAAAUCGCGUUAUUAAUGCCAAAGAAACACUUUAGGCGGUUUACAGUGUUGAAGUAUGGUUCAUUCUUUCCAUGUGAUAAUCAAAUCAUUUUUAAAAUUGUAAGUGACACAGCUGUGUUAUCUUUUUUUCUUUCUUUCUUUUUGUUGUUUUUUUUUCUUUCCUUUUCUUGCUCUUGUUCUUGUUCUAUUUCCUUUUC